GAACACCCGAGCUUCGGCAUCUCCGGCCGGCGGGAAUCAUAGAGCUUAGCAACGGCGAUCCGGUCUCUCGAUCGCUGCUGCCGCGACAAGCUCACGAGUUCCUGGUCGCAACCCUAUUCUUGAUGCCCUUUGUGGGCAUCAAAAGCAUCAAUCGAGAUGGCCAUGGAUAUGUUGCGACGGUUCCUCCCAAGGGACGACAUGUUGCGACGGCUCCUCCCAAGGGACGACGAUCCCACUACCGAAUUGUUGAAACUACUCGCAGACCCUUUCUCCUCCCAGCGUUGGGUUCCUCCCUCGGUAUUACCGCCGCCAUCGCCAUCGCCUUCUCCUUCCUUCGACCGUACAAUAGCGUUGUAUAUGCGCCGAAGCUCAAACAUGCCGACGAGAAACAUGCUCCGCCGCCGCUGGGGAAGGGCGUCUUUGCGUGGAUCUUUCCCCUUUGGACGACCAACGAACAGGAUAUGGUGAACUUGGUCGGCCUGGAUGCCGCUCUCUUCAUGCGCUUCACCAGGAUGUGCCGCAACAUCUUCAUUGUCCUCACGGUACUUGGCUGCAGCAUCCUGAUCCCCAUCAACUAUAUCAACUUCUCCCCGCCCGAUGACACCUGGCUCGCCAGGAUUACCCCGCGCAACGUCUGGGGCGCUCCCCUUUGGGCUACCGUGGUUUUCGCUUGGCUCUUGACCAUCAUCGUGUGCGGCUUCCUCUGGUGGAACUAUAGGAAGGUUCUGCAGCUGAGGAGGCAGUACAUGGAGAGCGAGGAGUACCAGCACGGCCUGCACGCCCGCACGUUGAUGUUGUAUGACAUUCCUAAAAACCUCCGCACCGACGAAGGUAUUGCGAGGAUUAUCGACCACGUCGCUCCGAACUCGUCCUUCUCGAGGACUGCCGUCGCCCGUGACGUCAAGAUCCUGCCCGAUCUCAUCAACCAGCACGACAAGACGGUCCGCAAACUCGAGAAGGUGUUGGCUAUUUAUUUGAAGGACCCGCACAAUCUCCCAGCGGAGAGGCCCAAGUGUUCUCCGUCCAAGAAGGAUCCUUCUUACGGGACCUACCCCAGGGGCCACAAGGUCGACGCCAUCGAAUAUCUCACCCAGCGCAUCAAGGUCCUCGAGCUGGAGAUUAAGGACUUCCGGCAGCGGGUGGAUAAGAGAGGGUCUAUGCCCUACGGCUUCGCCUCCUUCGCGGAUAUUGCUGAGGCGCAUUCCAUCGCCUACGCCUGCCGCAAGAAGAAGCCCUACGGCGCAACGGUCAAGCUCGCCCCGAGGCCCAACGAUAUCAUCUGGGAAAACAUGCCGCUCAGCCCUUCGACCCGCAGCACGAGGCGGCUGUGGAACAACCUCUGGACCGCCGUCCUCACCUUGUUGUGGAUUGCUCCCAAUGCCAUGAUCGCCAUCUUCCUCGUGAACCUGACCAACCUGGGUCACGUCUGGCACGCCUUCCAAGUGUCGUUGACGGCCCACUAUACCAUCUGGUCCAUCAUUCAGGGUAUCGCUUCCCCAGCGCUGAUGUCGCUCGUCUACCUCGUUCUGCCCAUCAUCUUCCGGCGCAUGUCCAUCAGGGCCGGCGACCAGACGAAGACCGGCCGGGAGCGCCACGUCGUUGCCAAGCUCUACGCCUUCUUUGUCGUCAACAAUCUCAUCGUCGUCUCCGUAUUUGGCGCCAUAUGGAGUUUCACGGCGAACGUCGUCCAGCAGACUGAAGGAGGCACCGAUGCUUGGAAGGCCAUCCUCGACGCCAACUUUGGGCUGACCGUCUUCCUUUCGCUCUGCUCUUUCUCGCCGUUCUGGGUCGCCUGGCUUCUGCAGCGACAGCUGGGUGCCGCGGUCGACCUGGCUCAGCUAUGGACGCUGUUAUACAGCUUUAUCAUGCGCAAGUUUUUCAGUCCGACCCCUCGCGAGCUGAUCGAGCUCACCGCACCGCCCCCAUUCGACUAUGCGAGUUACUACAACUACUUCCUCUUCUACUCAACUGUCGCCCUCUGCUACGCCGCCAUCCAGCCACUUGUCCUGCCGGCAGCCGCCCUCUACUUCUGCAUUGACGUGGCCCUGAAGAAGUACCUGCUGCUCUAUAUCUUCGUCACCAAGAACGAGAGUGGCGGCAUGUUCUGGCGCAUCCUCUUCAACCGCAUCCUCUUCGGCUCGAUCCUCUCUCAUCUCAUCGUCUUCCUAGUCGUCUGGGUCCGCGGUGACGCGUCGCAUGUGCAGGCCUAUGCCGUCGCUCCGCUCCCCUUCCUCAUGAUCGCCUUCAAGUUCUACUGCACUCGCGCCUUUGACAACAAGCUGCACUACUACGCCACCCGUUAUGACAACCGGUACCAGAGCGAGGCUGGCCUGGACGUAAAGGAGCAGAGCAUGCGGAACGAUCGGCUUGCGGCUCGCUUCGGCCACCCUGCCCUCUACAAGGCCCUCAUCACGCCGAUGGUGCACGCGAAGGCGCAGAAUAUGCUCGCCAGUGUCUACCAGGGCCGGUUGAGCGACGGACGCGAUGCUGGCCUGGAUGACUCGUUGACUGUCAGCGGCUACAGCGACACGUACGUGCUGGACACCAUGUCGUCUGGGAAGGCCGGGAAGACAUCGUCUUCCAUGCCCGGAUUCGAAGUCGUCCCCGAGUCCCGGCUCGAUUUCGAGUUUUACAAGAACCGAGACGAGUUUGCGGAGGACCACGGCGGCGGCGAAAUCUUCGGGCGGCCGUCCGACUUGGUGCGGCCGGGCACACCGGGCACAAUCGGCAGCGGGGCAGGCUCCGACCAUGGCUCGCGGCCCGGCACUCCCUUGGGCGGGAUGGGCUUCGGCGCCGGCAGGAGGGCCUAUCCGGGACAACCCGCCUACUCCACAUCCACCUUCGACAUGCCCUCGCGCUCCCGCAGCCCGCUGUACAGCCACGCCAACGAGAGCGGCACCAACCUCGUCGCCCACGCCGCCGGCAUGCCCGUCUCGCCCGCGGGCUUCGGGCCUACAUCCAGCCCCUAUGGCAGGGAUGCCAGCUUCGACAUCCCAACAGCGUCCGCGUCGGUUCGCGGCUACGGCGGCAUCCCGAGCGGUGGCGGCAGCACGCGGGCGCCGGGCAUGCUGGGCGGCGGGCCCCACGGGUACGGCGGCCUGCCGCAGACGGACGACAGCGACGGCAUCCACUCGCCGCCGCUGGGCGGCGCUGGGACGUCGGCGGCCGCGCAGGAUCCGGCGCAGUAUGACUACUUCAGGGGCAGCAGCCGCAGGCGGGAGGUCGCCGGGCCGCCCGGGAUGGCGACCCGCGGCGGCGGUGUUGGUGGUGGUGGUAGUAGUAGGGCGGGGAUGCGGGGUGGGAAUUAGUAGUUCCCUGCUCCGGAUGGUUUGGUAGGUCUUUGGGAAUUAGUAGUUCCCUGCUCCGAAUGGCUUGGUUGGUCUCUGGUGAUGAGAUACCAAGGGAAGUGG